AUGGGAUUCUUACACAAUCAAUCAAGUUCUCAAAACCCACCUCCAAUGGAAAAGGCUUGGCUUUUCUUCAAUUGGGCAUCUGGAUUAAAAAAAUUCAAGCAUGAUCAGUUUACUUACACCACAAUGAUUGAUAUUUUUGGGGAAGCAAAGAGAAUUUCAUCGAUGAAGUUCGUUUACCAGCAAAUGCAAGAGAAAGGGAUUAAAGUUGAUGUGGUUACUUAUACUUCGAUGUUGCAUUGGCUUUCAAAUGAUGGGGAUGUUGAGGGGUCUGUGAAGUUAUGGAAGGAGAUGAAAGAUGAGGGACUUUAUCCAACUGUUGUUUCUUACACUGCUUAUAUGAAGGUUUUGUUUGAUCACGGUAGAGUCAAGGAGGCUACUAAAGUUUACAGGGAGAUGAUUCGGUCUGGUUGCCCACCAAACUGUUUUACUUACACCAUCUUAAUGGAGCAUCUUGCUGGUUGUGGCAAAUUCGGUGAGGUCCUAGAGAUCUUUAUCAAGAUGCAAGAAGCAGGAGUACAACCUGAUAAAGCUACAUGCAACAUCCUAGUUGAAAAUUGUUGCAAAGCAGGGGAAACAUUGGUUAUGAUGAAAAUUCUUCAGUAUAUGAAAGAAAACUUGCUUGUUCUUCGCCAACCUGUAUAUACAAAAGCUCUUGAAACUUUAAGAAGUGCAGGGCAAAGCGAUGUUCUCCUCAAGGAAUCAAAUCGUCAUUUAUCUAUUCAAUACAAGAAAGUGGAACCCCUAGAUGGUACAAUUUCUGAUACAAACUCCAUAGACCAACGCCUUGUGUUAAAUCUUUUGACCAGAAAACACUUUGUUGGUGUUGACUUCUUACUUAAAGCGAUGAUGGACAAGAACGUUUCGUUGACUCCUGGGAUUGUUUCCUCAGUUAUUGAAGCAUAUAUUGCUCAUGAUAAACCUGAUGGUGCUGUUUUGGCUUAUGAGUAUGGCAAGAAACAGGGGAUACACUUUGAGAAAAUUUCAUAUCUUUCCUUGGUGGGUUUGUUUAUUAGGACGAAUUCUUUCCCAAAAAUUGUGGAUAUCGUUGAAGAAAUGAUCAAAGACGGAAUCUUUCUUGGAAUUAAUCAAAGUGCACUGUUGAUAUAUAAGCUCGGGUGUGCUAGAAGGUCCAUUUCAGCUGCAAAAGUGUUUAGUUUGUUGCCCGAUAAUGAAAAAAGCACGACGACCUACACUGCUUUAAUGGCAGCCUACUUUGCUUCAAGAAAUGCUUCUAAAGGACUCCAAACAUUCAAAGACAUGAAGGAGGCAGGGAUUCCUGUCGCUCUUGGAACUUAUAACGUGUUGUUGGCUGGUCUUGAAAAAAGUGGUAGAGUUGUUGAGUUUGAGCUUUACAGAAAAGAGAAAAAACGGAUGCAAAACACUCAUUUUUCUGAAAAUCAAGAAUCUACAGAAGAAAUGACUUGUAACCUGUUGUUUGCCAGGGAUUAUGUAUCAUGAACAUGUUCGAAGCACUUCUAUGAGAUCAUCUGCUGGUUGUAGAAUGGCAUAUUAGCAUGCCAUUAGACUGAUCCAAUAUCAAUUUAUUGACUUUUCUGUGUAUGGCUUCCCCUUUUACCUGCUUACUUCAAGAUAAAAUGGCAUUUCCAUGGCGGGCGAUGAUGGCUUGGAAUAAGCACAACCAUCCACCCAAUAUUUAGAUAGGUGGUGUUUGUUUGGGACUUGAUGGCUAGAUGAGAUGAGGGUCUUAUUCAGUAAACCGUUGUUUGUUUGGGAGUUAUUUGAUUAGACGUGGUCUUGUUCAGUUAGAUUGCGUCUUAACAGGCCCAUCCCUUGGCCAUCACUUUUCCCAUGCAACAUCUUCCGUUUUCCAG